UUUAUCUGCCAUUUAGAAUCUAAAUUGUAAACUGGUGGUUGAAUUCAAACCAGUUUGUGUUUUGGAUUCAAGUGAUUAAAAGUUACUUACUGCAAACUGUACCUCAAUUGCUGAGUUUUAAUUUGUUUAAACUACAAUAUAGUGGGAGUAAUUUGAGAUGUUCUUCUAAGUAAAUGUGACAGACACCUACGUGCCAGUGUGAACACCCUGAGACAAUGGAUUCUCCUCCUUCAGCCUUGGCAGCGGCAGCUACCGAUGAUCUCGACAAUAUUGCAGUUGGUAAUGACAUGACAACAGGAGACUCCAGCUCCAGCUCCAACUCCAGUGACAGUGGUCUCUCUCCUGUAGACAGUCCAGGGUGGUGUAGCCCCCAUUCUGAGGGUCCUGAGUUUCCUGCCUCCAGCAUGUCUCUAUACUUGGCUACUCAUUCUUGUCACACUUCUUCGAUAUCCUCACCUCCUAACAACAUUUGUGCCCCUUUUCCUCCCAGUCUUAUCCCUACAUCACCGGAUCAGGCCCCCACAUCUUCCGAUUAUCCUCUGAAAUCACCAUAUUAUUCACCUACUUCCCCUUCGUAUUCACCAGCAUCACCCACUUGCCCUUUGAAUUUGCCAGCAUCAUCCACUUCCCCUUCAUAUUCUCCAGCAUCACCUACUUCACCUUCAUAUUCACCAGCAUCACCUACUUACUCUCCUAAAUCCUCUACUUAUGUACCAACAUCACCAUCAUAUUGUCCCGUAUCUCCUCCUUGCCAUCCUACAUCUCACAAUUACUCUCCAACAUCACCACCCUAUUUAUCCAAUUCUCCUUCGUAUUCACCGGCAUCACCUACUUACUCUCCUAAAUCCUCUACUUAUGUACCAACAUCACCAUCAUAUUGUCCCGCAUCUCCUCCUUGCCAUCCUACAUCUCAUAAUUACUCUCCGACAUCAUCUCCCUAUUUAUCCAAUUCUCCUUCGUAUUCACCAGCAUCACCUACUUACUCUCCUAAAUCCUCUACUUAUGUACCAACAUCACCAUCAUAUUGUCCCGCAUCUCCUCCUUGCCAGCCUACAUCACGCAAUUACUCUCAGACACCACCUUCCUAUUUAUCCAAUUCUCCUUCAUAUUCACCAGCAUCACCUACUUACUCUCCUACUUCCCCUACUUAUGUGCUAACAUCUCCAUCAUACUCUCUUGCAGCUCCUCCUUACCAUCCUAAAUCCCCAGCCUACUCUCACAAUAGUAAUAAAUACUCUCCCAUAAGCUGUAAGAACUCUAACUCCACUUAUAUACCAACAUCCCUAACUAAUAGGCGAAUUUCCUCCACUUACUCUUCUUAUUCUUCAACCUACAGGUCUACUUCCUCCUCUUAUGCCCCCACUUCCUCUAACACUCCAACUUCUCCAAAUUACAGGUCCACUUUACCCAUUUACUCUUCAAACAAUAGGUCUACUCCCACCACUUAUUUUAAAUAUCCAGUCUACAUGCACUAUAAGUACAAACCACACUCUCCAACUUACAGUCCAACCUCCUCCAUUUACACACCCACUUCCCCAGUCCACAGGAGCCUUUCUCCUAUUUAUAUUCCCACUUCUUCCAAUUACACUACAACUUCCCCCCCUUACGUUUAUCCAGCCUAUGCUCGCUGUUUUCACCACCCUUACCAUCCUAAUUCUCCAACCUUCAGUCUAACUUCUCCCACUUACACUUCUCCAACUUACAGUGCAACUUCUCCCACUUACGCAUCUCCAAUUUACAGUCCAACUUCUCCCUCUUACACCUCUCCAACUUACAGUCAAACUUCUCCCAAUUACACCCCUAGUUCUCCUCCUUAUUCUACCAACUCUCCAAUCUACUUUCCACCAGCGCCUCAAGGAGAGCCCCAGUAUGAUUAAUUCUUUUAUAGAAAUUAAAACUCCGUCAAUGAAAGGUUUCAAAGGUUUGAUUUUACUUUGUGAACUUUCCUGCAAAAAGUAUUUACUUUUUAACAAUAUAUGGCAGUUAUUAACACAAAUUUUUACAAUAACCACAUAGUUAAUUAAAAAUUUACUGUAUUCACAAUCAGAUCUAAUUAAUGACAUUGGUUUAUUGUCAUAAACAAAUUGGUUUAUUAAUACAAUCAAGACAUAUACUAAUAUAUUUGGUUGAAUUGUUACAAAAACAACUAUUUUAAUAUGUAUGAUUAGAUAAGCAAUCAAAACAUAUGUUUUUACUGAAUUAGAGAUAAAAAUAUAAACUUUGUGCUUGAAGUAAUGCAGAAGUAUAUUUAAGAGUAUUACUGUUUGAAAUGAAAAUUACAUUUAAUAUAUAAUGUUGGGACUACUUUGUAAAUAUAGACUGCUACAUCUGGUGCUGUAGAUGUAUAAUUUGAUUUAUGGUUGGCUAAACUGUUUGAAAUAUCAAAGUUGUGUUUUACAAACA